GAACGAGCAGUGGGAAGGUCACCAUCAUCCUGCAGACAGCUCCCGUUCUCCUCACCCCAACAUCAACACUCGUCGCUCUCAUUGCAGUCCAGCUUCAUUACCAUUUGUUUCACACGGAAGGUUUCCUUUUUCAUUUUCAGAAGGAUCUCUUUGGAUUAGCACAGCAAUUGUAUGAUGCUCUUAUCCGGUAUGUAGCGCUGUUGCUGGAUGAGGAGCAUUAUUUCAUCAGCUUUUGUCUGUGCCAAACUAUGAGGCCCUGAUCUUCCACUGAAACCGAGGUUUCCUUGAGCUAUAUAGAAGAUGUCCACCAUGGUUUAUCCAAGGGAAGAGAAGCUGGAGAAGCUUACUCAGGAGGAGAUCAUCUCAAACACGAAGCUGGUGAUCCAGGGUCUGGAGGCCCUGAAGAAUGAGCACAACUCCAUCCUCCAUAGCCUCCUUGAGACCAUCAAGUGCCUAAAGAAGGAUGAAGAGGCCAACUUGGUGCAUGAGAAGUCCAACCUGCUCCGCAAGUCAGUGGAGAUGAUUGAACUGGGCCUGGGAGAAGCACAGGUUAUGAUGGCUCUGUCCAACCACCUGAACGCGGUGGAGUCAGAGAAGCAGAAGCUGCGUGCGCAGGUGAGGAGGCUCUGCCAGGAAAACCAGUGGCUGCGUGACGAGCUGGCCAACACCCAGCAGAAGCUGCAGAAGAGCGAGCAGAGUGUGGCCCAGCUGGAGGAGGAGAAGAAACAUCUGGAGUUCAUGAACCAGCUGAAAAAAUAUGAUGAAGAUGUCUCACCCACUCAGGAGGAGAAGGACCGAGAAACACCGAAGGACUCCCUGGACGACCUCUUCCCAAAUGAUGAAGAGGAGCAUGGCCCAGGAAUGCCGCACCAACACAACAGUGCAGCCGUGGCAGCAGCCCAGCAGGGAGGCUACGAGAUCCCAGCCCGUCUGAGAACCCUGCACAACCUGGUGAUCCAGUAUGCCUCCCAGGGCAGGUACGAGGUGGCCGUGCCCCUUUGCAAGCAGGCUUUGGAGGACCUGGAGAAGACAUCUGGACAUGACCACCCUGAUGUGGCCACCAUGCUCAACAUCCUGGCCUUGGUCUAUAGGGAUCAGAACAAAUACAAAGAGGCAGCCCAUCUGCUCAACGAUGCUCUGUCUAUCCGGGAGAAAACCCUGGGAAAAGACCAUCCUGCUGUCGCUGCAACGCUGAACAACUUGGCCGUCCUGUACGGGAAGCGGGGGAAGUACAAGGAGGCCGAGCCUCUGUGUAAGAGGGCUCUGGAGAUCAGAGAAAAGGUCCUGGGGAAGGACCACCCAGAUGUGGCCAAACAACUCAAUAACCUGGCUCUGCUGUGCCAGAACCAGGGCAAGUAUGAGGAGGUAGAGUACUACUACUGCCGCGCCCUGGAGAUCUACGAGUGCAGGCUGGGCCCAGAUGACGCCAACGUGGCUAAAACCAAGAACAACCUGGCGUCCUGCUUUCUCAAACAAGGGAAAUAUAAGGAGGCUGAGAUUCUGUACAAAGAGAUCCUGACUCGUGCCCAUGAGAAAGAGUUUGGAUCUGUUGAUGCUGAGAACAAGCCCAUCUGGAUGCAUGCAGAGGAAAGAGAGGAGAUGAGUAAGGGCAAGCACAGAGACAACACUCCAUACGGGGAGUAUGGAGGCUGGUACAAGGCCUGCAAAGUCAAUAGCCCUACCGUGAACACCACCCUGAGGAACUUGGGGGCCCUGUACCGCCGUCAGGGCAAGCUGGAGGCUGCUGAGACCCUGGAAGAAUGCGCUGUGAGGUCUCGCAAGCAGAGCAACACAGGCAUCGACCCCAUCAACCAGACACGUAUGGUGGAAAUCCUGAAGGACACAGAUGGUGACAGGCGGAGGAGCCGGGACAGCCUGUCCAGCGUUAAGUAUGAGAGCGGCUCUGAGACCGGCGAGGAAGUGAGUAUGGGCGUGGAGUGGAAUGGGGCCUAAGCCAUCAAGAUUAUUCCUCCAUCCUUCUCUCCUUCCCCAACACAAUAGUAAAAGGAUGUGUGUUGUCGUUCCCUCUGGCCUUCUCUGUCCCAACAAACCAAGCCCCUCUGCUGUCCCGGCGCCCCCCCUCCACGGCAGAGACUCAGAAAGCCCCCACCUGGUUGUCACCUCUGUCCCCAGUUCCACUGACCGCUGCCGGGACGUUUGGUCUUCUCUUCUCAUCUGUGCUCUGGUUUUUCCCCCUCUCCCUUUCUUUCUCUCUCUCUCUCUCUUAACCUUUCGUCUCACUAACCAUGUGUCGUUCUCCAUAUCAGAAAUCAUUACUCCAACUCUUUCUCUCACUUAACAUUAAAAAUAGUCAGUGUAUGUAAUCUUUCCCUGUGAGGAAGUCACUCGCACAUUUUCCUUCUCUCCAACACCCACUUGUAAUUUUUAAUGGAUGCAGAGUUGAUUUAUUAGCUGCAUAGGAGAAGAGGGAAGAUGGAAAUAUAAAUUACUGGAAAAAGUUUAAACACGCAGAGGAAAUGCUGAAUGAUUCUGAGGAUCAGUGCGUCCUUCGACAGCAGCUUUAGCUCCAGACAUCACUCCAACGCACAGUCAGAUGGAAACUAACUGAUACUAUAGACUUAAUAUUAUACAAAAUAAUAUAUUUCCACAGUUGAUUUGCAACAGUCGCACGCUGAAUUUGCUUGUUGCCUUGAGAACUCAGGGCACUUUCACACCACACACAACACUUAUUUGAAUAAAACAACAUUGAACAAUAGAAGAAGAAAAAGAAGCACACGAGGCUCAAAGGAGUGGUUGCAGUGUCGGUAUAAUGUUUAAGCCACAAGGACGCUCAUUUGGCACAUUACGUGUGGAGCACUGAACGUGAAGUUAGUGAUGCUGGUCGUAAAAAAACACAAUAUAACAGUUGAAAUGAAGUUAACAAAACCGUUCAUUCGUUUUCUCCCAAAUGGAAAGACUACUACCCACACCGAGGUCAGACACGCCCGUAUACAUACAAAUGUCUUCAGUUAAGGAGGAUCGGCCUCGUAGGUGAUGGUGACAGGACGUAUGUAUGUCAUACACAUGUAAAACCAAAACUAACAGCAUCAAAUGUACAAUAAAACAAAGACAUGAACCUUGGUUUGGACCAUGAUCAAGACUUUUUUGUGUAAAGAGGCUCUCAGCCUGUUUCUAAGUGACAAUUGACCUCAAAGCUAGAUUCCAACCGGCCUGUGUCACUUGCAUCUUAUUUUCCUCUCACCUUUUUACAAUUUCUGUUUCAACUCAAUGCCUGAGAUCAAAUGCCUGAACAGAUGAAAUGGUACUGUAAAGCUACACAAGCCAAUCCAGACAUUUACAAUGAUUUCUUUUAAACAUCUUCAGCCUAGUUGGCAGGAAAUGAGAAGGGAGCAUUACUCUUUUUGUUUUUAUAGACGUAUUUCCUAUUUGUUUCGAUUUUUGUAUGAUUUUUGUUUACGUUUUUUUUUUUUAAAGAAUGCUUUUCGAUUGUUUUGUGGCUGAAUAUAAAGGCAGUAGUUUGUCAACAAUAACAUCGUGUUUACCUGUUGUGAACGAGCAGUAACGCUCAGCACCGUUUAAGGCCAAGACUGACGGCAAAAUUGGUUCGAUCGCAGCAAGCUGUUGCCAUGGUGAUUUAUUUUCAAGUUGCUCUCCGUAAUGUCCUUGGAUUGAUGGAGUAUUCACGCAGGCUCUAUGUUGGCACACGAUAUACACAAAGGCUUGCAUUUACAAAGAAACUAGUCGAGGAGCACAGACACCUGAAAGAUUGCCAUGAUAACAGAUUUCAAAAUAAAGGACACACAUGCCCAGAAUUGCCUUGAUUUGUUGGUGUAGGAGUAAUAUUUAGAUUUAAUGGAAGCCUUGAUUCCACUGUAGUGUUUAGUGUGUAUUCGUGUAUGUUUUGGUGGUACAGUCACAGUGCCCGCUCUGGCUAUGGUUACGGUAUUUUGAACACAAAGCUCAAUGGGGUGUGUUGCCUUUUUUCUUACACGGUUGUUUUGCAACAUCGUCAUUUUGGUGAAUCAUGUUUUUAGCCGCCAGAAGUACAAGUGCGAGUCUUUUCCUCAAGAUCAACAUGUUAUUUGAGAUGUUUAACUAACUGAAUGUACUUUAACAUCUUGGAAGUAAAAUUGUAGGCUGUAUUUAUAGAUUUGUCAAGUGCAUUGACUAUUAUAUGGCUUUUCAGUAUGCUACUUGCCUUGAUUCUUCAUUCCUUCCAAUGAGUCCACCUAUACUUCUAAUGCAACUCUUGAACAAAAGAAGAAUUGACUAUGUUCAUCACAUAAUUAUGACAAUAUUGUUGUGUUAGUGGAAUGCUUAUUUAUUGAACUGUCUAUUCUUGACAUAUAUAGUGUGACUUCAGUUUCCUCAAGUGGAAGAACAUUAAUGGUAAGGUCUAUAAGCACUAUCUUAGUAAGUAGGACUGCAUUAUAUUUACCAUUCUGCAUUGUGAAGAUUAUUGCAUCAACACUUGUUGGUAUUCUCAAAUAAAGUUUUUCAUUUGUGAA